AUGGUCAAAUCAGGUGAUGUUUUAAAAGUGCUAUAUCCAAACUUAAUACAUGUAACUUUUCUUGGACAUGGACUAAAUCGAGUAGCAGAAAAAGUCAGAGAUAUGUUCCCCAACGUUAAUAAAUUGGUAAAUAAUAUCAAAAAAAUAUUUUUGAAAGCCCCUUCAAGAGUGGAAGUUUAUAGAGAAAUAAUGCAAGAUAUACCAUUACCUCCAGAACCAGUUUUAACAAGAUGGGAGACUUGGCUUGAAGCUGUUGUUUUUAAUGCAUCACAUUUUGAAGGAUAUCAAAUUUUGUUGGGUAUACAAAAUGUGCUAUCUGGAGAUGAAGAUGGACAUUUACCAACAAAUUAUUCACCAGAUAUGACUUCAAAUAUGAAAUUUUCACCAAUAACAUCUGUUGAUGUCGAAAGAUCUUUUAGUUUGUAUAAGCAUAUUUUAAGUGAUAGGAGAACUCACAUGACUCCUGAACAUAUGGAACAAUAUAUUGUAAUAAAUUGUUUCAUGCGUGAUACAUAA